UUGUGGAUUACUUAUUAAACAGUGAAACUAGUAGACAAUGUUUUCUCUAGUCAUAUAUAUUUUCUUGUUAUUGAAUUUUGUGCAAGGAUUUUCUGUUGAUUUAAAAUGUGUUGCAGUGUCGAACUUCUUUUGUUCUCAUUUCUCUUCCAUCUUUAAAAUCAGGCAAAGUACAUCUGCUAUCAAGGAUUAUCCCAUGCACUGCUUAAAAAUUAGAGUUGCUUCAUGUAAUUUGUGGCAAAGUUGUCCACCUGUUACAAAUGUACAAGCUUUUCUUUUAUCUGUGGCUCGGUCUCUCUUCCAACAGAUUAUAUAUGCUCACAGAAAAUCAUUUGAAGCUGAUAAGUAUGCUGUGAUUAAGUCUCUUCUUGGUUCCUUUCAGAAAAAUAUGAUAACGGUAGACAACAUAAAUGAUGUGCUUUCCAUGCUUGCAUCAUCAAACCACCUUGGAUUAGCUUCCUUGGUGAAUUCCUUCAUUAAGCCAGUGCUUUGA